GCAAGCAAAAAGCUUGCAUCUCUGGACUUUGUGUGCAGCAAACACUCGCAUUUGUGCGUUUCGCGACGCACUGUUGCCGCUGCUGUGUCGCUUUGAAGUGCUGUGCCGGCUGCUGCAAUUUCGACCUUCUGCACCCGUCGCCGCGGCUGCUGCAAGCCGCACUCUCAGGAGCACUACUCCUCACCGGUGCACACGCUGUCGCCGCGCAGCCGACGCAUCAGCAGCCAUGGCAAGGGCAGCGCUGCGCCUCGUCGAGCUGCCGCGCUGGCCCAUCAAGCGCAUGCUGCGCCUCGAGGAGGCGCUGGUCAGGCACGAGCCCGGCAACUGGUGUUUAAUCACCGCGCUGCCACCACAACAACCGACGGUCGUCGUCGGCCUGGGCGGCAAGCCCGAGCGGUUGCUCGACGCCGGCGAACUGCAGAAGAGGCCGGUGCCGGUCAUCCGGCGCUUCACGGGCGGCGGUACUGUGGUUGUGAACGGCGGUGUUGUAGUUACGUCGCUCAUCGUCGACAAAGGGUGCGAGGCGUGCGCGCCCUUCCCGCGCGACAUCAUGAAGUGGACCGAGGGUAUCUAUAGGGAUGCCUUCUCCCAGAUGAUCGACUCGACGCAAUUUGCGCUCCGCGACCACGACUACGUCUUUCAGGAUCGGAAGGUCGGCGGCAACGCGCAGUCCAUCGUCAAGGACAAGUGGAUCCACCACACGAGCUUUCUCUGGGACUUUGACGAGGCGGACAUGCGGUAUCUGACGCUGCCGGAGAAGAGACCGGAGUAUAGAGGCGACCGGUCGCACGACGACUUCCUCGCGAAGCUCGGCGCGCUGAGCGGCGUGGAUGCGGGUGAGGGCGCAUUGAAACUCGCUUCUGGUUUAUUUGAUUCCUUGGGCGCGGCCUUCGACGUCGAGCGCGGCUCUCUUUCUGAAUUGGAGGCCGUCGAGGCGCGGCAUUCGUCGGGCGGCUGGCGGCCGGUGGACUUUCCGCCCUCCGGAGGGUAACUGUAGGUGUGGUUAAUAUGGAUCCGUAUGUUCAGCAUUGUUCGCAUCCGCCGGUUUUCA